UGCCAAGCCUGGCAUUAAUUUUCCUCCCAAGCUUGCUAGGCCCAUGAAGUAAACAGCCAUGUGCAUUCCUUACUCUAUAUUUAACAGCUGCAGGCUGUGCUGGGGGCAACUGCAGGAGAGGGGAACCCGUGGUGCUUCCCAAACCCACGGCUCGUGAGGGUGGGAGUGGGGGAAGCUUCCUGCAGGGAGGAGAAGGCUUUCUCUCCUUGCCGGUGCUUGCAGAGCAGGUUGUGGUGGAGAGGCUGCAAUGCCAGCAUCCCAGGCACGCUCCAGGGCCAGGGACAGGAACAAUGUCCUCAACAGGGCUGAGUUCCUCUCCCUGAACCAGCCCUUGAAGGGGAACCAGGAGGGCAGAGGCUCCGGCAGGAAGCAGAGCGGCCAGGCUGGGGCAGCCGCUGCCCAGAACGGCAGCGCCAAGGAGCGGAGGCAGUCGCAGCAGCUGCCCGAGGAGGACUGCAUGCAGCUCAACCCUUCCUUCAAGGGAAUUGCCUUCAACUCCCUGCUGGCCAUCGACAUCUGCAUGUCCAAGAGGCUGGGAGUGUGUGCCAACAGAGCCUCCUCCUGGGGUGGUGCCCGCUCCAUGAUCAGCCUGCUGGGGAUAACGGGGCACGGCAUCCCCUGGAUCGCAGGUACCCUCAUCUGCCUGGUGAAGAGCAGCACGCUGGCAGGCCAAGAGGUCCUCAUGAACCUGCUGCUAGCCCUGCUGCUGGACAUCGUGAUCGUGGCUGGGCUGCAGAAGCUGGCCAAGCGGAAGGGCCCUUUCGACGUCACCCCUGGCCUGUUGGACUACCUGACCAUGGACACCUACGCCUUCCCCGCGGGGCACGCCAGCAGGGUGGCCAUGCUCUCCAAGUUCUUCCUCAACCACCUGGUGCUGGCCAUCCCCCUGCGCAUCCUGCUGGUGCUGUGGGCGCUCUGCGUGGGCUUCUCCCGCGUCAUGAUCGGCCGGCACCACAUCACCGACGUCCUCUCCGGCUUCGUCUUCGGCUACCUGCAGUUCAGGCUGGUGGAGUUGAUAUGGAUGUCUUCCAACACCUGCCAGAUGUUGAUAUCCAUCUGGUGAGCGCCAGGGACCGGCUGGCUGCUUUCCUGCUGGACCUGGGGAGCCUCCCUCCCCGGCUGUGGGCUGGAGGCGGCGGCACCUCCGGCGCCGGUGCCGGUUUGUGAUGCUGCUUCCUCGCCUGCAAGAGAAAAGACAGAGCCAAGGUGUUGCCCACCCUGGAGUGGGGU